AUGCGAUGCAGCGGGUGGUCCCUUCUUUGCAGUACUCGGCCUUUGUUGAAUUUCAGUUGUAUUUCUUUUUCUCGUUUUUUUUCUGCAUGCGCUGCCUCUAAUCAUGAAUGCCCUUUCCGUGUGCUCGGGCUGACCCCCGAUGCCUCUGCUGCUGAAUUGCGGCUUCGUUAUCUGCAGCUAGCAAAGCAGCUGCAUCCUGACGCCUCUCCUCUUCCUUUUGGAGGCUCAAGGGCCUCUGAUUUCGUUGAAAUUAGGAGAGCGUACGAGAAAGCAAAGCAGCUUCAGCAGCAGCAGCAGCAGCAGCAGCAGGUGCGGUCUACAGACAGCGCACAGAAGCCAGGAUCAACGGCCCCUGCUGCUGCACCUCAGCAGCCGCAUACUUCACCGCAAGAAAUGAAGACAAGACGCCAGUGGGAGGAGCAGCAAAGGGAAAGAGCCCGCUUUUGGGCCGAUGCUGAAAGAGAUAAAAACCAAACAAAUACAGUGGGGGGGAAGGACGCCUCCCCCUACCAGCAGGAAAUUCUCAGGCGCUUUCAGAACAAAGUUGAGGAGGAGCAGAGAAAGAGAGAAAAAGAAAAAGGAAAAAACACACAACAAACUGUUGAUGCUGCUACUAUUGAGAGGGAGAUUGCAGCACACGAAGAGGCAACAGUGAAGGCGUGGAAAGAAUUCAAAGAGGAAAUGCGGGCCUUCGGCUUCAACACAACCGACAGCAGCAGCAGCAGCAGCAGCAGCAGCAGCAGCAGCAGCAGCAGCGCAGAGGCGAAAUACAAAAGACGAGGGACAGACGUGUAUGGAUACAAAAUGUGGAUCUCAAGAGAAGGAAGCAACAAACAGAAGAUGCGAAAACUAAAACUAAAAAUAGAAAGGUAUGGGCUAGAAGCAGCAGCUGCUGCGGCUCUGGCGGUAGGAGCAGCAGCAAUAGUGAAGCAUUAUAAAAGAGAAAAAGAGAAAAGAAAAGAAACAGAGAAGGGGGCUGUUUAUAACAAACAACCACAUGCGUAA